AUGCCAAAUUCCUCUCAUCUCUCUGCUCUACCCUUUGCCCUCUCUGAAGCUCACUCAAGCCAUCCUCUCAUCUCUGUGCUCUACACUCUUCAUGCUGCUACAAGCCUCUCCAAGAUGGGUAAAAACAUCACUUCCAACUCCGAGGCAAAAAAAGCAAAAGCAUUAUGGGGAGAUCCAAGUUGGACAACUACUUUUUGUAACCUUUGUGUGGAAGAGAUUGAAACUGGGAAUAAAAGAAUCUUUACUGCCUUAAGUGCCAAAGGUUGGAGCAAUUUGGUGAUCAAAUUCUAUGAUAAGACCGGUCUAAACUAUGAUAAGGACCAAUUAAAAAGUAAGUGGGAUGUAUUAAAAGAAAAUUGGAGAGUGUGGGAAAAAUUGAAGGGUCUUGACACAAGUUUUGGUUGGGAUGCAAUGAUGGGAACAAUUGAUGCUAGUGAUGAUUGGUGGGACAUGAAGUUGAAGGAAGUAUCCAAAGCUUUAAAAUUUCGACAUAAAAGUCUACAGAAUCUACAACAACUUGAUUGA